AUGGUUCAUUUCAUGGAUGAAGAUAAGGCUGCUAUCGCAAGAAUAUGGAAAAAGGCAGAUGUGGAAGCAAUUGGAGGAGAAACUCUGGGAAGGCUCCUAGUUGUCUACCCCUGGACCCAGAGGUUCUUUGACAACUUUGGAAAGCUGUCCUCUGUCUCUGCCAUCAUGGGCAACCCCAAGGUCAAGGUCCAUGGUAGGAAGGUGUUGACUUCUUUGGGAGAAGCUAUGAAAAACGUAGAUGAUCUCAAGAGCACCUUUGCCCCACUGAGUGAGCUGCACUGUGACAAGCUGCAUGUGGAUCCUGAAAACUUCAAGGUGAAUCUAGGAGGGUCUGUCGUGAUUCUG